GAAUACGCAUAAAGUAAAUAAUUAAAUUCAAAUUUAUACAAUUGUACAAUCAUUAUAUGUGUGUUUUAAUCUGCUUAUCCCACAGUUUACAAUUUUAUCUUUACAUUGUACAAAAGGAACUUCUCGUAAUAUUAAAUAUUUGUAAUGAAUCGUAUUUAGUGUACAAUUGUUUCACUUUUACUAAAUCAAAACGGGGAAUCAUGUAUGGUUAUUGUAACUCGAUUACGUGUAGCUUUCUAGUUAUGUCUAAGGGUGAUUUUGAUGAAAAUGUUGCAGAGCUAAUUUCUAGCUGUGUGUGUAGUUUUUAUUUUUUGUUUUUUCAAGAUUUAGAAAUAGGAGUUUAUUUCAUACCGGUUGUCGAGAUGUGCCACCUCUAGUUUCUGACGACGACUGAUCUUCUUAGCGAUAAACAUUAUUCUGUUAUACAUGACCAUUUCGCAAGUUAUUCUUUUAAGGAAAUGGGUAGAGUCAGACGGAAGAACUCUUUACAGAAGAAAAAAGAUAAACUACGCAGUACUUCAAGUCUCAUGUCCCACCAAGACAGAAGGCAUGAUACUGUGGCAGCAUCUGGAUCGGAUAUAGGAAAAGAAUUGGCGAUCUACGACGAGUCAUUCGCUAGACGGCAGAUACAGCAACACUCAUGCACAUGUGCCGUGUGCCAAAAGAAAGGAUAUUUCAUGAAAACCUGCGAAAAAUGCUGGACUUCCCGAUACUGCAGAGAAAAGUGUCUGAAAGCUCACCGUAAAGGAUUCAACCAAAAAGAAAUGUGCGCUCGUCACGCUGCGUUCCACGGUGCAAGGGCAAGUAUCUCCCUUAAACUGAAGCAAAGCCUGUUUAGUGAUGGCUACAUUGAGAUUACUUCCCAUUUGUACAGCGUACCAAGGAGUGAAAUACAUGCUGUAAUUGGAGGCCCUCGAAGAGUCAUUUUACUUCAAAUAAAAAACGCCAUUCUAGAGAGUGCGGGCUUUUUUAAGGCAUUAGUACAGGAUAGUGACAGUUGCUUGGCUUGGCUACACAUCUACCCCCCUGCAGACAACACGCUCGUGUUCCUCUCGUUUCGCAUGCUGCCGAUGCAGUUAGUGCCUGGGAGCUUCGUCUUGCUUUUAAACGGCCACUGGAACAACUAUCAGAACCUCUCUUCAGCUGCUAUAAUUAUUAAAGAUAUUAAAGACAUUAGAUUUGUAGAAGCCUAAGCUUUAAAAAAAAUAUCAUAUGUUUGUGUUGCUAUAUAUAAUUUGUGUUACUAAAGAGGGCAAUCCUUUGAUACACAACAUCGGUCAUAUGUUGGGCAUUUUUAAUAGCCAGACGACGCAGCAUACUCUAAUAUUGGGCUAGCCAAGGUUAAAUAGCAUUUUAGUUUUGUGUUCUUGAUUGAUAUUUGCAAUUUUCUUUUCAUAAACCUUACUGACUUCAUUUUUAAAAAUAAUUUUGUCAAUAUGAAUAAUUUGUUUCAGUAUAACGUCUAGGUAUUUUGGAUUUGUAGUCUGUCUAUCUAGUUUGCCAAGAGUUAGAUAAUUAGUUUUUAUUUGUUUUAGUCUUUUUCUCACUUUUGGCAUCAACAAUGGCUACUUCCUCACUGGCAGCAUCGCAUCUAAACCAAGAGAGAAAAUUAAAAUACUUUUUUGUUUAAAAACGACAAUACCUCCUGUAUACACCUUAUAGAGCGAUUGUUUAUGUUCUUUUUUAAAAUUAAUGAAUGUUAGAUUUAAAAACGUUGGAAUAAUUUUUACCCCGCCAUUUCACCCUCCCCUGGUUAAUCCUGGUUAAGCGACUAUAUAGAACUACUACACUCUAUACUAUUCCAAUGAUAGGCCUUCAGAUGUAGACUAAGAAAACGAUGCGCGAAUGUUUCCACAACAUUAAGUUAUUAACUCGUGAAUCAAUAAUUCCUUACGUUCAAAAAUUCCCGAACGCGAUAGCUUUUUAUUUUUUUUAAAUCGAUGUUGGAACUAUCGUCCAGCUCUAGGCCUAGGUCUAGUUCUCUAGCCGAAUAUUUCAUUUUUUUUUUUUUACUUAAAAAACAAUAACGGUCAAAUUAGAGUUUUCUCCCAUGAGGCCAACGAGCUGGUCAUUCUGUUCUCAAAGAUAUACAUCAACUGUUAAAUUUGUAGAAAAAUUGUUAGAGCCGUUUUUGAGAUCAGCGUCCAGGCUCCACAUUCCAUUCUCCAUGAAGUUUUGACUCGAAUAGAGGUAUUGUAAUAAAAACAGAACGAAAUGAAAACCCCGAGCAAAGACGGGUUAAACUUUAGCUAGUUAAUAAUAAUUUGAUAAAUCUUUUUUUUUUUAUUAAUGUAGGCAACGAGUCAGGAAAUGAUCGAAAUAAAUUAAUUUAGCGCGUCCUUGAGUCCACACCACUCUAAUGGAUACCUGACAUAAGUUGGGGAAAUAGCAAAAGCGGUUGGUCAUCGUGCUGACCAAUAUUACACCCUCGUAAACCGUGGACCAUAGAACCAGAUGACCAUCUGCUCCAUGUGAUGAAAUUAUCAUUAUAGCGUAAGAACAACAGAACAUAUAAAGUGUCCCGAUAGCCAAAAUAACACUUUUAGUAAAAGAUCCAUUACUAAGGAAAAAAAAAUGUUUGCCUUAAUGAACAGAAAACUAAUGGUACCCCAAUGAUCAAUGAACAUAUGAAUUCUAUAAUAUACACUAUGUUUGUUAAAUCUGAGAUGGUAUUUAAGAACUGAUAUUUUAAAAGUGCAACAGGUGUAUGUGUCUCUUAAGCUAUGCAUGAAGAAAAAGAUUUAUAACAUUAUAAAUAUUCCCUAUAAUAUUAUGAUACUGGAAAUCCCUCACCUGUGAAGUCCCAGGGGAAAUAACCCCGACUGUCCUCCCAUAGCCACGUUCAGUCCCACACAAACGUACACAACCCCAUUCCCCACAUAUUCACACACACACACACACAGCAGUCUCACACAUUUGUACACAUUGACGUUCAGUCAAAUCAACUAUUGAAACAGAAAUAGCCCAUUCAAUCCUUAUGUCUACAAUACAGGGCAAACUUUGACCUAACACGGGUCAUGGGUCAAGGCCAAUGAGUACAGUUAGUACACCAAAUGUCAUAUCAAGUCAUUUAAGUGACAAAAAGUGGAAUGGUCACAGGGGCAAAGCAUCCAUGGGUUACAAGAGCUCAACACGACUGGAGCCACGACUAGAGUAGGACCCUAGGACCCUGCAUAGGCCAAUGAUAAAAAAAAAAAGUUUACAAUUUCAAAUGUAGUAUUUAGGAUUUUCACAUAGUUUUGAUCUCAUUCUUUGUUUAUUCAUCGUUCUUAAAUUAUGUUUGUGACAUUAAAAUUAAAGACAGUACCUGCUA